AUGAUCCAAAGAUACCAAGACUGCGGGCCGGGAACUGAGGAUGAGUGGAACCAGGUCGGGAUUCGGAGAGGUCCCUCCCCGCAGGAACCCCACCCCUUCCCACCUCCUCUCCCCACUCCUUUCUCCAAGACCGUCAGUCUCUCCAUUUCCCCCUUCUGGUCCUGUCCUCCCUCCCGCCUCUCGCGCGCUCCCUCCCCUCGCUUUCAUCCUCCUAUCCCCACCUCGCCAACCUCCGCUUUCAUCCCCCUCCCCUCUCCUCUCCUCCCAGCUCCCGCCAGCCCCACCCCUGGGAAGCCCCUCCCGUCGGGCAGCGCCGCCUUUAUAAGCGGGUUCCCUGCCCGGGGGCGGCAGCGGCUGGUCGGCGGCAGCUCUGCUGGUGCGGGGGCGGCGAGCCGAGGACCGAGCGAUCGCUGCCGGAGCGCGCCGGCCACCGCCCGCACCGCCCUUCCGCCCGCCCUCCGGACGGCCGCAGCCCUGCGGGUCUCCGUUCCAGACCCACCCCCGCCCCACCCCGCGCGCCUCUGCCGCCUCUUCCAGAGACCCAGCUUGCUGAGCGGCCGCCGCUGCCGCUGUCGCCGCCGCCGCCGUCACCGCGCCAGGUUCCGGCCGCGGCCACCCUCCGCCGUCCAGGGCCCCUCCGUCCCGGCCCCGGGACCCCGGCUCCCCGCCAGCCCCGGCCCCGGCCCCGGCCCCGGCAUCAUGUCGGAGAAGAGCGUGGAGGCAGCGGCCGAGUUGAGCGCCAAGGACCUGAAGGAGAAGAAAGAGAAGGUGGAGGAGAAAGCCAGCCGAAAAGAGCGAAAGAAAGAAGUGGUGGAGGAGGAGGAGAACGGAGCCGAGGAGGAAGAAGAAGAAACUGCUGAGGACGGAGAGGAGGAGGAUGAAGGGGAAGAAGAAGAUGAGGAAGAAGAAGAAGAUGACGACGAAGGGCCCGCGCUGAAGAGAGCAGCUGAAGAGGAGGAUGAAGCGGAUCCCAAGCGGCAGAAGACAGAAAAUGGGGCGUCGGCCUGAGCCCCCUGCCAAUGGGCUGGGGGUGGGAGGCCCCUCAGGGCCUGGAGGUGGGGGUGGGAACAGACAAGUGCAGCCACUCUCCACCUGGCUCCUGGCUCUGGACCCUGCACCAGAGCUGCCACCCUCUUUGUCCCCAGCCUUUCUCAUGUCCGCCUCUCCAGACACUGCCCCUUCUAUCCUCACUCUGCCAUUGUUCCACCUCUUGACCUGCUCCAUCUGAGCUCCCCAGCUGGUCCCAAUUGCUCUUCUUCCUGUCCUUGCUCUCUUCCUCCCUUCCCCCACCCCUCCUCCAGUAGCCUCUCCUUCCUCACCUCUGCAUCCCAGCCUCAUGUCCUGUCCAUCCCUACCCUGCCUGAUCCCUGGGUUUCCCUCAGAUCCCCUUCUCUCAGACAGCGCCAGGCCGGGGUGGGGCCAGGGUUGGGGCCGAGCCCCACAGCUGCCCCCCUCCUCUCCCCUCCCCUUUUUGUAUAAUUUAAUAAAGAAACGGUCGCGCUUCUGUUUUUAA